AUGUCCUUCGACGACUCCUCUCGCCUCGAGUCGCAGCCAUCAGCAUGGCGGCGCGAGGACGACCCCCAAUACACCGAUGAUCCGGAGUUCCGCACCUUCACCACCGAGCUGGGCGAUAAGCUAUUUAGCCUCACCAGCAACGUCUCGCGGUUGAGCCAACAGGUCGCGCUGCUGGGCACGCGGCGGGAGACGGCGCGCGUGCGGGAACGGGUGCGAGAUCUGAUCGAGGAGACAGGGAACGGGUUCAAGGAUAUCGGCGAGGGCCUCAAGAAAGUAUCGGCGUGGCCGGACUCUGGGCCAUCGCAGAAGUUCACGCAAGGGAAACUGAACCGCGAGUUCCAAGCGUCGUUGACCGAGUUCCAAGCCCUCCAGCGCGCAGCGAUCGACAAAGAGCGCGCCUCCGCUGCCGCCGCUCGUGCCGCGCUGGACGACCAACACCAGCAGGAGGCCGCGUCAUCCGGCGGGCAUGGGCUGCAGCAACAACACCAGCAGGAAGAGCAGCAGCACCUCGCCAACCAGGAUGAGGUGGACUUCCAGGAGGGGCUCAUCGUCGAGCGGGAGCGGGAGAUCCGUAACAUUGAGCAGAGCGUCACGGAGGUGCAGGAGCUGUUCCGCGACGUGGCGCACAUGAUCCACGAGCAGGGCGAUCAGUUGGAUAUCAUCUCCACGAACGUGGAGGGGGUACGGGAUGAUACGCGGGGGGCGCACGUGGAGCUACGGACGGCGCAGCGGCAUCAAAGAAAUGCGAGGAACAAGGCGUGCUGUUUGCUACUAAUCCUGGCGGUUGUUCUGACCAUUGUGAUCUUGGCGGUUGUUUUAGCGUAG